UCUAUUGGCUGGGAAUGAAAGUCGCUUCCUAGAGACUUCCUUGACUUAUGUUGUGCGUCACUUCGGAGUGAUUGGUUGCGGCGAACUUUGUGUUUUGGCGGGGAACAGAAGGGAAAUUAUGGCUGCCCCCGCUUACCGAGUUGCAAGCUUUUGUCAAAUUAGUGAUCCCUCCCAGGGAUCUUAGUCUUCUGAUGUCGUUAGAUUAUUUUCACAGGAAUUCUUUCUGCAUCCCUACUGACUAUAUUCUAGGCACGCUGUUUGGAGACGUUCUCUGGCCUCGGUAGUCGGUUCUGGACCGGUUUUUGUUGCCAAUAUGCAGAGUGGCAGCCGCCCCCAGCUCGCGUGGCAGAGGGAACAUAUGUGGCUGGCUCUUCAGGGUUUGGGCUUCGAGUCGGGUGCGGAGGCGGCUAAUGCAGGCAAGACCCUGGUCCAUGUAACGUUUGGAGUAAACAUGUUUGACAAGCCAAAUAAGGAUGCAUUUUAUGUGGUUUUUCACUUUCUUUUUGGAAAGCUGGAUAACAUGCGAUGCAAGGAGGUUUUCAGGUAUUGUUGGCCUCCACUAGACAAGAAGAGAGAUGCUGAAUUUAGAAAAGCAUGCUGUGAAUGGCUCAAAAAAAUUUCAGAUGAAGUUGGUGCUGGCUUUCCUCAAGUGGUGGCUUCAAUAUUUCUUUCACCUGGGGGUCCCAAGUUUGUGCAUCUUUUGUACCAUUUUGCAAGAUAUGUUAUGUUGCAACAUAUAAAAAGAGAUGCUGAUGCUGGCAAUGUUUUUAUCUCUGAAGCUCUGCAAAGUAAAAUUCAAGACCCACAAAAAGCAUUGGCAAGAAAUAAGUUGGCACGCCAGAAGUAUUUGAAGGUUUUGCAGAAAGAAAACCUUGUUAUCGAGGAAUAUCAAAGAAAAGCCCAAUUGGCUGAGAAGGUAGACAGAAAGAUCAGUGAUAAAGAUGAAAAUAUUCAAAAGACAAGAUGUAUGUGGAAUACAAUUAUGCAAAUGUUAAAAGAGAUGGAAAAGGAAGUGGAUGUUGUGGAUGCUGUGGUCAGAGGUAACAUCGACCAGUACUGUUUAGAUGGAACAAAUGCAACUUUAAACAUCCCAAAUCUGCUGAUCUCCAGAAUUGAAAGUGAAAUGCACAGGUUGCAAAUGGAUAAUGUCUAUGAAGCCGGGAAAGUAAAUCUUAUAACAGUUGUUCAGUUGCUAAAUGAAGCUCUAAAACUGGUGAGUGGAGAACGCAGUCUAUAUGACUGCAAAGGAGUUCGGCUAGAUCUACAGUAUCUUCAUGGGAAAGCAAAGUUUGAGAGUGAGGUUCUAACAAGACUGCGGAACAUGAGGCAUAAAAUAAAGCGUGAAGAUCUGGUGUCCAUUGAAAAAAUUAUUGCAGACAGAGAAAGAGAGUGGGAAAGAAAAUGGGAAAAGAUCCUUGGGAAGUGCCCUUUCAGCCUCUUAAAAGGAUUGAAUCCAGCACUAGAAUUGAACCCUCCUAUGGCCCCUUUUUCAUUUGACCCUGCUUCAGAAGAAGUUUUAAAAAGUAGUGUUUUUUGCCAUUACCCAGCUUCUCUACAAGAGUAUUCUCACAAAGAGAAGCCCUUAAAAGACUUCAAUCAAGAUCACAGUGGAGAGUUAGUACAAAGGCUAAUUGGUGCCACAGUUUUAACACGCUCUGGAAGGAAGUCAACAUCUUCUCUUGGAAUGGCAACUCCAAAUAGACGCAGAAUGUCUCUAAAUGAAAGAGAAUUUCAGACUCCAACCAUGAGUGAUCGAAUAGGAUUCCAAAGGACUCCAAGUUCUGCAGUACAAAAGAGAAGGGCUGAUGUGAGCUGGAAAACUGCAGCAAAUAGCCCAUUGCCCUGUACACCAACACCCUACAAACAAGAUCCCAAGAAUAUGGCGCGACAGCAACUUGCUCAGCAGGUUGCUGACUACAUUGUUUCCGAAUCACCAAGAUCCUCGGGAGGAAGGGGAAUGGAGCUUGAUGACUUGUUAGGAGUUUUAUCCUCAGAUCCCUUCUUAUCCAGAAAAGAAAUUCCUAGAACUCCUGAAAAUUUGAUUUCAGAUAUAAGAAGCUCGUGGAGAAAAGCUAUCCAGAGUGAAGAAUCUUCAGUUGUUGCAAGCCCUGUCGCAGCUCCUUGCAUGGAUUCAACAGCAGAGCUAGAAUCUGCACAUUGUAGUCAAAUAGACUUGAGCAUGGCCUGCUUUCUGUCUACCUCUCAUGCUUCAGAUCAGAAUGAUUGCUCAGGAACAAGAAUUCCUCAUAAUACUGGUGGAAAUAAAGCUUCUAGUUUUCACAGUGACGUUGUUCACCAUGAAAGCAUUGAUCUGAAAAGUGAAAUUGAUUCAUCACAGCCAGAAGAUUUGAUUCUUCCUAUAAAGGAAAAUGAGCCUGCCGAUAAACUGAUAAAUCUCCUCGUUGACAAAAAAGAAAGUGAGAAUGCUGACACACUGACCAAUCCAGUGGAGUUUCUUUUCAGCAACCAGCCAAUUAGUAAAUUAAUGGAUAAAACCAUGUUUAUUUCUGUCGCUGGUCAAGAAAAUCUGUCUGCGCAUACAACCCUUUCAUGGAAUUCAUCAAAUAUGAUAACCAGUGAUAGUAGUUCAGACACCCAUGAGAUCAUCCAGUUUGGAAUUUUGCAUGAAACCCUGCCCGAGAAUGCAGGUAACGUAAGUCUUAAUAGCACGCUUAGUUUAGGGGGUAAUGAGGAACCUUCUGAGAAAAGUGAAUUACCAGACCAUGACUUUACCUUUGAUAGAAAAGAGCAUUCAUCCAGAAGCAUGGAGGGUAAAAUGGAUAUAAAUUCCAUUCGCAGUCGGUAUGAAGCCCUCAAACGGACUUUAACAUCUUUGACAGAUGAAGAGUAUCAUGGUGAUCCUGACACCUCUAAUAUGAGGUUCACCAAGCAUAAAUCUGAGUCAAGUCUCAUACUUGGAUCUGAUGUGUACAGCCCUGUGGAAAAAGUUUUAUCAUUGGACUUGGAGUAUUUAACUACUCCUUCACCAAAGGACAGAAAACUUUCUCUCCCGCAACUGAUAUCUUUUUCUCCAGAAACCAUUCGUUCGGAAAAGCAAGAAGACCUUUUAGAUGUUUUUGAGUCCCAAGAUUUCGUAAACCCAAAUAAAACCUUUGAUUUUACGAGCUCUGGAUUAGACCUACAUAAAAGCACAGAUGAAGGCCCGGAACAGCUAAUUAAAUUAUGAAAUUAAAGAAUGUCUGAUAGAUUUGUAACAUAUGUUGAUGGUUAAUAUUUGUAAAUAAAUAAACCAUAGUUUAAUGAAUUGAAAAGCAACCAUAUAACUUUACCUUCCACCCCAAAAAUGUGUAAUCCACAGUGCUGAAUGGCAAACACAUACAUUUUAAAAACAUCUUCCAUACAGACUGAUGUGACAUGCUAGAAAGCACAAAGUAAAUCAUCAUUCCUUUAUCAGAUAAUCUUAAAUGACGGUAUGAAAGUUUGCCUUUUAGUAAACUUGUAGUAU